CCCCUCUAACACCUCCGCUCCCUAUUUCUUCUGCUUCUUUUCUACUCAGUCUUCUCCAACGGCUGCCUGACUCCCUCUUUCUCCUCUCCUAUUUCUUCUUCUUGCUCCCUUCUCCAUUCCAAGCACUAAAACAGUUCAUCCCCUCUCUCUCUCUCUCUCUUUCACAUCACAAUUACCCAUCUUUGCAAGACAUCAAAAACAUGGAAUACCCAACAUAUUCUUUUGUUAUAGAAUCAACAUCUUCAACUCCAUUACUCUCAGCAAGCAGUAGUAGCAUCUGUAGCACAAGUGAAUCUGAUGAAAGCCCUGCCAACUCACAUAGGUUUACAUCUCCAGACCUUAUAUGUAGGUUUCCGAACAUACCCAGUUGCGGUUCCUAUCGAUCUUUGGCGGUUCUAAACGGGCAUAUUGGAUCGGUUUCUUGCUUGGCUCUGUGUGGUGAAUUCAUCCUAAGUGCCUCACAAGGUAAAGACAUUGUAGUGUGGCAACAACCUGACUUGAGGCAAUUUGCCAAGUUUGGACAAGGCCAAGGCUCUGUUAAAGCUCUUGUCACUGUGGGAAACAAAGUGUUCACAGCACAUCAAGAUAGCAGGAUAAGGGUUUGGAAGGUGUCCAGAAGAUCAGAGAACAUAUUUAAGCUUAUUGCUACACUACCCACUACUAAGGACUACUUGGGUAAGUUCAUGAAACAGAGCAAUUAUGUUCAAACUAGGCGAAACCACAAGCGCCUGUGGAUUGAGCAUGCUGAUAGUAUCUCUUGCUUGGCUAUCUAUGAUGGCAUGAUCUAUUCUGGAUCAUGGGAUAAAACACUAAAAGUGUGGAGAGUCUCAGAUCUCAAGUGCUUGGAAUCGAUAAGGGCUCAUGAUGAUGCAAUAAAUGGGUUGGUUGCACACAAGGGGUUGGUGUAUUCUGCAUCUGCUGAUGGGAAGAUCAAGGUGUGGGAAAAGGAGGGCAAUAGUUAUUACUCUUUAAAGGGUAUCUUGGAGGGUCACAAGGAUGUAUCGAUGAAUUCAGUUAUCUUAUGUGAUGAUGGAAGGUUGGUCUAUGGAGCUGGGUCAGAUGGGUGUAUAAUAGGGUGGAAGGGAGACCUGAAUCUCAGUAGUUGGAAGUUAGUCUGUGAACAAAAAGCACAUCAAAUGGCUGUGUUGUGUUUGUGUUCAGUGGGGGAAUAUGUGUGCAGUGGUUCGGCAGACAAGAGCAUUGGGAUAUGGAAGAGAGAGAUUAGUGGAGGGAUUUACAGUGUUGGGGUGAUAAGAGGGCAUGAAGGGCCAGUCAAGUGUUUACAAGCCUCAUCUCAUACUGUAGGAAGUGGCUUCUUGCUCUAUAGUGGAGGUCUUGACAGAAGCUUAAGGGUUUGGUGGGUUGCCAAGGAGGAGUCUGCAAAGAGAGAAGGAAGCUCUCCAAUACAACAAAUCAUGGAGGAAAAAUGUCGUCUUGUUUGAGUUGAUUCUUCAAAAUUAAAUCAAAGUAAGAGAUGA